GAAGAAGAGAGGGACAAAUUCGUAUACAACUGCAUCGGCCUAUGUUGAACACUAAGCAUAACUGAAGUUUAUCCAUGUAGUUUGAUUAUUAUCAUUCGGGCACCUCACACCAGCGCCCAUCAACAAUCCUCUCUGACUGAAAGUUAUUUGUGGAAGUCGGCUCUGGCGUGAAAUGUGACUUUGAAUGGAAACUCCCUCUUUUUGGAUUUGAGUUUUUGCACGCUUUGUGAGUUUGCAGACAGAUGAGCGACGCCUGUUAAGACAGGAACUUUUCAUCAGGGCUGAAUUUAAGAUACUUCGAGAAUGCGUGACCGGACCAAAGAACUGGGCAAUACUGCUGGUGAUGCCUCGGACGAAGAUGAUGAAAACAGUGCUCUUAUGAUAAAGCCUGGAUCUGGGAGUUCAGGAAAUGAAGAGAAAGAAAAUGAGGCUUUCUUCAAAAAGGUUCAGGAGAUUCGAGAGGGCCUUGAAACUAUUAAGAAGAAGGUGUCGGAAUUGGAGAACAAACAGAAAACAGUGUUAGGAGUUGCACUUCCUGAGGACAGUAUGAAAAAGGAACUUCAGUCCCUCAGAGAAGACAUCAAAGUCAGGGCCAGCCAGAUCCAAAAGAAGUUAAAAGGCAUCGAACCCAAGAAAGCUGAAGGCGAAGACAAAUAUAUUCCAAUAAACGUUAGAAUGCGUCGCACUCAGCAUGGUGUUCUGUCCCGUGAAUUUCUGGAAUUGAUGGGUCACUGUAAUACAAUUCAAUCCCAUUACAGAGACCGAAAUGUGGAGAGGAUACAAAGACAACUCAAAAUCACUGGUAGCAAUGUCACAGAUGAUGAGCUGGAAUCAAUGCUUGAGAGUGGACAAACAGAUGUUUUCACACAAAAUAUUUUGAAUGAUGCUAAAGCUACCAGGCAGGCUCUGAACGAGAUUGAGUCGAGGCAUGAUGAGAUCAUCAAACUGGAGAGAAGCAUCAAAGAACUACAUGAUAUGUUUCAGUACCUUGCAAUGGAGGUGGAAGCACAGGGUGAGAUGGUGGACCGCAUUGAGGAGAACAUUAAGAGUUCCCAUAACUAUGUGGAAAAGGCUGUUGCGGAGACAGCUGCUGCUGUAAAAACUUCAAAAAAAGUGCGCAAGAAAAAGAUAUGGAUUGCAAUAUGCAUUGCUAUUUUACUUUUAAUUAUAGUUAUUGCCCUGGCUGUCUCUUUUAGCUGAGUGUUUUCCUUUAUUAGACUUCUUUGCCCACCAAGCACUGGGGUUUUCUUCCUAAACUUCUUCCUGAAGUCCCCAAUGCAAAUAACAUGGCCAUGCUCAUGACCAUUAUUGCUGUCCCAAAUCUAGCGACAUGUAUUUAAAUUUUAAAGUGUUAAUUAGUUGUUUUAGCUGCUUUGACCUACAAAGGAUUUGAUUUCAGACUCCUGAAAAUGUGUCAGUGGCACCACUUGGUUAUAAAAAGUUAAAUGGUAAAAACUGUUUGAAUUAACUGAUUACUGGAUUGACUUGAUUUCCAAGAUGGUGGACUUAAUUUGCAGAAACCAACUCUUAAACAUGGUCCUAUAGGGUAGAUUCAGAAGAAAUGCUAAUGAGAUUCCUAAUAUAUAACUCUUCCAUUUGGAGAUAAGCUCAAGAACUCUGAGUGAUGGGCUAUUUGUCUUUGCCCUACUAUGUUUAUAAGAUGUCUUUUGCAGUAUCUGUUGUGAUUUAUCCUUUUAUUAUGUCAUUUCAAGCUUAACUUUUGCUGAAAUAGCAUUUGAGGUCAUCUGUAUAUAAAUAUAUAUGUAACUAAUUUUAUACUCUGCUUUCCAUUAUAGUAACUACCUUUCAAAAUAUUUCUUCUCUUGCUCUCACAAUGACAUGUUCCAUACAUGUGUAUAUUUUAACACAUUUGUGCUCAGAAAUGAAUAUGUACAGUUAUUUGUUCAGUGCCUCAGUCUUGAUGCCUUUUCUUGAGAAUUUGCUGGGUGCCCACUGUGUGGCACUGUACAUGUCAAGAUCACCAAAAGUGCUUAUCUGGUUUCACUGUGCAGCCUCUGGACUUACUGACACAAUUUUCAUUCAUUACUGUGUUAAAUUUAAAUUUUAAAAUAAACUACUUGUACAUUUUA